AUACGAAAUUCUAACAGCUUUGUUCCAGAAGUUUAUGAAGUGGGGGCUAGUGUUCCAACGGGAAGAAUUGAUAAUAAAUUAAGUGAAGUCAUACUCAAAUUUUUCUAUUGAAAAGUUAUUCUUUACUACCUCACAUAAUUAAAGUUCAACAGUUGGUAUAUGUCAAUGAUUUAAAGUCACUACUAAGAUGUCAAAGGUAGUGGUUUGAAUAAUAAUAACUGGUUGGAAAACAUGAAAAUUAAGGUGGAAAAUCACGGUGGAACAGAUGCUACACAUACCAGUUUUUCAAAAUCACGGUGAAAGAGACCUUAAAUGCGUGUAUGCGGUGGUCCACCGUCUUACAAAACAAAGGCAGGAGGGAAAUAUUAUGCAUAUAAUGCACACACAAGUUUCCAUAUAGCUAGUCAAUAUUUUUCUAUCUAUGAGGAAUAAUAGGUCACUUCUUUAUAGGAUAAUCCUACGCAACUUGCCAUCUUAAUGCAAUCUCGAAUCCCCUUUCUUUACUAGAUUCUUCUUGUCGUAGAUUUUCUUUCAUAGAGAUUUCCUUAUUUUGUAGAUUUUCAUUUUUCCAUUGAAAUAGAAAAGGCAAAGAAUUGCUUCUAAGAUAGGCUAUCCAGUAUCCACAAUAAAAAGAAAUACUAAACCUAUAAAGCUAGUCUUGCGGCUAAGAAUUUCAUCAAAGCAAAGUAACGUUUUGGUUUUUUUAAUACCAAAGAAACUCUCAAUUCAUCAUAGCAUACAUAGCACACAAACACUUUAUAUUACAAAUAUGAGAAACAUUAUAAAUCUAUUAUUUCUACCUCAUAUAUUGUCAAUCUGUUCUAUUUUUAUUUUUAUUUCUUUCCUCAAGGAUAAUGCCAAGAGUUGUACCUUGGAAACUCCAAAGUUUCUUUUUUGUUCUUUCCACUUUGUUGUCUUGCACUUUCUCUAGCAUAUUCACCAUAACAAACAAUUGUCCUUAUACUAUAUGGCCCGGCACGCUUGCCGGCGCAGGAACGCCGCCACUUCCAACGACCGGUUUCCAGCUUGACUCAGGUCAAGCUGUGAAACUAACGAGUGUUCCUGGUUGGUCAGGUCGGAUAUGGGCGAGGACCGGUUGCACAUUUGAUGCAACGGGAAUCGGGAAAUGUCAAACGGGUGAUUGUGGUGGAAGGCUUGAAUGCGAUGGGAAUGGGGCAGCUCCACCAACUUCACUCUUUGAGAUUACACUUGGACAAGGUGACCAACAAGAUUACUAUGAUGUUAGCAUGGUUGAUGGCUACAAUUUGCCAUUACUUGUUCUACCAAGAGGUGUAUAUGGUAAAAGUGCCUGUAAUUCCACAGGUUGUGUGACUGAUCUUAACAUAGGCUGUCCAAAAGAACUUCAAGUAGUUGAUGGUGAUGGAUACCAAGGUAGUGUAAUUGGUUGUAAGAGUGCCUGUGAAGCCUUUGGAUCAGAUCAGUACUGCUGCAGUGGACAAUUUGCUAAUCCAACAAUAUGCCAACCUUCCUAUUAUUCUACAAUUUUCAAGAAGGCUUGUCCAAGAGCUUAUAGCUAUGCAUUUGAUGAUGGAAGCAGCACUUUCACCUGCAAAGCUUAUGAAUAUGACAUUGUGUUCUGUCCUACCAGCACCAAGAUAAACAAACCAAAUGGUGUAUUUCCUCCACCACCACCGCCUUCAAUUGGAUUUCCUUACGAGAAGGUUCAGCAAGACAGUUCUUCUUCAAGUAUUAUUAUCUCGCCGUUUCAACUGACAAUGUUUCUCCUAGUUGUCACAAUCUCUAUGUUUAUUGAAAAGACUUGGCCACUGAUUUGAAGUAAUGCUAGUAGAGAAUCACACAAGUUUUUCUCGGAAAGUUAGAUAGAAACAUGUAAAAGGUCUAAAAAAGAUGGAAAUGAUACGCAGCGAAAAUGAAUCACGAAGAAUCUAAGGAAAUAAUUUCAAGUUACCCUUGUAAAUCCUCCAAUAAAAAAACUUUGGAAUAAAUUAAGAAAAUAGUAAGUUAUUUGCAAUGUACCUGGGGUUAGAUAAACUCAAAUUAGUCUUUCUGUCAAAUAUUAUAUAUCUUCAAAUCCGUCAGGCUCCAAAGGAUUAGACAUCUACAUGAACCAAGAUGAUUUAGGCCAUGUUUGGCUAAAUAGUUUAACCAAGAGCAUAUAACAGAAGGCUUGACAAUAUAAAUACUCGUGUAUAAAUUAUUUCUAUGACAAAAGAUAAACUAUUUCAUGUAUUUUAUGAGUUGUUUUCAUAAACUAUAAUAGGGACAUAUGGAGUUUAUGAAAAUAAACUUAAUUAAAUUUAAAUUAAUA